GGCCCUUAUCACGUGUGCAUACACACCCGUACACCGGUUAACGUUUAAUAGAAGAAAUCGCUCUUACUCUAUACUCGAUUAGUUUUAACUGAUAAAGAUGGAUUUAACAAGAAAGAUUGUAUACUACACGCCACAUGCAUACAAGGAAGACUUUGUAAGUGAAGCGAUACGGCUGGUUGUGGAUACCGUAGAACGGUGCUACCGAGACUUGGGGAGCUUGCACAUUCUAUAUGUGAAUGCCACUAAUCCAAAUCAGCUAAAUUCAAUAAUGAUGAGAUGUAAAUUACAAAAUAAGUACGAAUGGAUGAAAGAUGAUCAGAUGAUGAAGGAAUUUAAAUACGAAAGAAUCAGUAAUUUGAAUGAAGUAAUUGAAGUCAUUGAAAAUAACGAAAUAAAAGAUAUCAUAAUUAUUGAAAACUUACAAUUAAUUAUUAAUAAUAGUUUUAACGAAUAUAAUGAAUUAAAUUUAAAAAUUGUGAAAUUAUUUAAAUUAUUGAAAAUGAAAACCAAACAAAAUUCAAUAGUUAUUGAUUUAAGUCAUCAUUCAUUUAUAAAUUAUUUACUAUAG